AUGUAUAGGCAAAUUCUGGUCUGUGACAAUGAUCAGCCACUCCAACGAAUAUUAUGGAGAGACUUACCAUCACAACAGAUUCUGAGCUACCAGCUAACAACGGUUACGUACGGUACAUCAUCAGCUCCUUACCUCGCAACAAAGAGUCUCCAGAGACUGGCUGAAGACAGUUCGGAAAAGUUUCCAGUAGCAGCAGAAGUCAUCCGACGAGACUUUUACAUGGACGAUAUGCUUAGUGGGGUCGAAAGCGUGGAAGAAGGCCAAGAACUCUGUAGGCAGUUGAUUCAUGUGAUGAACUCUGCUGGAUUUCAGCUCCGGAAAUGGGCUUCAAAUGAGCCCAAGGUUCUAGAAGGAAUUCCACUCCCCCUAAGGGACGAACGAACUAUUUUCGACCUCGACUCGUCGGUUUCGCCGAUAAAGACACUGGGUUUGCAGUGGGAUACAUCGACAGAUGCAUUUCUUUUCGAAGCUCCGAAGCACAGUGAACAGAUACCAAUAACCAAACGCGUGGUUCUGUCGGAUAUCGCUCGGCUUUUUGACCCUCUGGGGUUAGUUGGGCCAAUCGUCGUCUUAGCAAAACUGUUCAUGCAAGAGCUUUGGCGAGAAGGAAAAAAAUGGGAUGAUGCGCUUUGCGAUUCUCAUCAACGUUAUUGGUCAGAAUUUCGCGAUGAUCUUCACGCUCUUUCGUUAAUGAAAAUACCUCGAUGGGUCGUGUCUACACCAUCCGCUGUUUGUUUGGAGCUACAUGGGUUUUGCGACGCUUCGGAGAAGGCGUACGGCGCUUGCAUUUACGUCCGCGCAGUCUCUUCCAGCGGAAGCAUCCACGUUAACUUGCUGACCGCCAAAUCUAAGGUGGCACCGAUUGGAAAAACGAAAAAAGAUGGUACCGUCUGUUUGCCACGUCUGGAGCUCUCUGCAGCCCUCUUGCUAAGCCAUCUCUUCGAAAAGGUUCAAUCUAGCCUAAACCUUAAAGGUAGCAGUUUCUUCUGGACCGAUUCAACUAUAGUCCUUGCCUGGCUCUCCGCCAGUCCAUCGCGCUGGAAAACUUUUGUGGCAAAUCGGACCUCAGAAAUCCAGCGAAUCACAACCAAAGGCAUCUGGGCACAUGUUCCAGGUACAGAAAACCCAGCAGAUGUCAUUUCGAGAGGAAUAUCACCAACACAGCUACACGAUUUCGUUCUGUGGUGGAGUGGGUCGCCAUGGCUCUCGAUGCCGUCUCGAUUUUGGUCACCAUUUCCACGCCCCUCCGCAGAAACAUUCACUCCCGAACAACUAGAAGAACGAGUGAUUGCCCUUCCAAUUCAGGUUCAGCCUCCUAAUGAGUUGUUUCUGCGUUAUUCAUCCUUCAACAAACUCAUACGUGUUGUAUCGUGGAUCCAAAGAUUCAGUUUUAACUCGAGGAUUCAGAACCGUUACGGAAGGAAAACCGGGUUUCUUUCAGUAAUUGAAAUUAAACAGGCUACACACUGCCUGGUGAAACUCGCUCAGGAUGAAAGAUUCUCUCAGGAUCUCGCGGAAGUAGCUCGAAAUGGGCAAGUCAAACAGAAUUCUCGAUUGAAAACUCUUACUCCAAUACUAACGAAUGGCGUAUUGCGUGUCGGUGGCCGGCUGCGCCAUGCUCCCGUAAGCUACGACCAACGGCAUCCGAUGAUCCUGCCGGACAAACAUCCUUUCACUGAGCUACUAGUAGUUCACUACCACCGAAAGCUUUUACAUGCUGGUCCGCAGUUGCUAAUUGCCACCAUUCGUGAAAGAUUGUGGCCGCUGCGAAUAAGAAACCUUGCCCGCCAAGCUGUUCACUCCUGCGUCAGCUGUUUUCGUUGCAAACCUAAGAUCCUGCAACAGUUAAUGGGUGAACUUCCACCGGAGCGCGUUACACCAGCAUUCCCGUUUCUCCGCACGGGUUUGGAUUACUGUGGACCUUUUUAUUAUCGUCAGUCUCGCCGAGCUGCCCCUGUUAAAUGUUUUGUUUCCAUUUUCGUAUGCCUUGUAACGAAGGCGGUCCACAUUGAGUGCGUUGGAGACCUAUCGACCAACUCAUUCCUAGCUGCUCUGAAACGGUUUGUCGCUCGCCGAGGGAAACCAGAGUUGAUUGAGUGCGACAAUGCAACCAACUUUAAAGGAGCUCAACGCGAACUGAACGAUUUAGCCCAACUAUUCGUAUCUCAGCAGCACCAAGAACUGAUCACUACCAACUGUACGGAAAAUGGGAUUACGUUCAAAUUCAUACCUCCUAGAUCCCCAAAUUUCGGCGGGCUCUGGGAAGCAGCCGUCAAGUCGCUGAAGAAACACUUGCGCAGCACGGUCGGCAAUGUUGUACUGUAUCAGGACGAAUUUCUUACUAUACUAACUCAAAUUGAAAGUUGCCUGAAUUCUCGUCCACUCACUCAGCUCAGUUCGGACCCUAACGAUCUGGAAGUGCUUACUCCUGGGCAUUUCUUGGUACAUCGAUCACUGGCCGCCAUUCCAGAACCAAGUCUCGAAGAUGUGCCUUCCAACCGCUUAGACCGAUGGCAGCAAACACAGGAAUACGUCCGGCGAAUUUGGAAGCAGUGGCAGUCGGAAUAUUUGUCCGGGUGGCAGCCUCGUACUCAAUGGACUCAACAACGAGACAACAUUUCGGUGGGUACCAUGGUACUGGUGAAGGAAGAAAACCUUCCACCACUUAAAUGGAAAUUCGGACGAAUACUACAAGUCUUCACGGCUGAUGAUGGCAACAUCCGGGUAGUAACCGUUAGGACGAAGGACGGUGAAUUUCGUCGUGGAAUCUCCAAAAUCUGCGUAUUGCCCAUUCAGAGACCUACGGAAUACCUCGAUGAUGAAGCCACUGAUCCACACGAAGGAACCUAG